UUCAAACAAGAACAAAACUCACCGUAAAUAAAAGCAUAAAGCCUGAAACUUUCCCUUUGUUUCUCUCACUUUCUCUUGAUCCAACCAUGAGCAACGAAUACGAUUAUCUGUUCAAGCUUCUGCUAAUCGGAGAUUCUUCCGUCGGAAAAUCCUGUCUGCUUCUCAGAUUCGCCGAUGAUUCUUAUGUAGACAGCUAUAUCAGUACCAUUGGGGUUGAUUUCAAAAUUAGAACUGUGGAGCUCGAUGGGAAGACAAUCAAGCUGCAAAUUUGGGAUACUGCUGGACAGGAGCGGUUCCGGACCAUAACUAGCAGUUAUUACCGAGGGGCACAUGGGAUAAUAAUUGUCUAUGAUGUUACUGAGAUGGAGAGCUUCAACAAUGUCAAGCAGUGGUUGAAUGAGAUUGAUAGAUAUGCUAACGACAGUGUAUGCAAGCUUCUGGUUGGAAACAAAUGUGAUUUAGUUGAGAACAAGGUUGUUGACACCCAAACAGCUAAGGCAUUUGCGGAUGAGCUUGGGAUCCCAUUCCUGGAGACAAGUGCCAAAGACUCAAUCAAUGUGGAGCAAGCUUUCCUAACAAUGGCUGGCGAGAUCAAGAAAAAAAUGGGCAACCAGCCAACAGCUAACAAGUCACCUGGAACUGUUCAAAUGAAGGGACAGCCAAUCGAGCAGAAGAACAACUGCUGUGGUUAACGAUUCAUAUUGUAACUUAGAUAUUGACAAUGAAUCGUGUUGACUCCCUAUGAAUCUCCUAGUAACUGAAAUAUUUCCUGGUGUGAACCCACGUCCUGAUAAGAUGGAACGUCUUGUGCUUGUUCGAAACUAUUUCAUGUUUCUUUAUAUUUUUUUCUUUUUCUUUUUUUUAAAAUUUAUUUGUUGUAAAUAACUAAUGCUUUGAAUUUAGUGGUAACUGGUAUCUUUGAGGUCCAAAAAUAGCCUUGUGUCCAAAUGCCUCCAAGGAAUCUGUUGCUCUCUUACAUAUGCACAUUUCAAAUUCCCUAU